AUGGCUGUAAAACAUGUUUGGUGGGGACAUUUGGGAGGUCCCGUACAAAAGGGAAUAGUCACUUAUUCCAUUUCUCCUUAUCAACAACGAGCAUUCGCUGGUGCCAUCAAACAUGGUGUUUUUAACGUUUUUCGUCGCACAAUCUCUCAAGCCCCUUACGUUGGAGUUCCUGUUACCCUUGGUUAUCUUAUUUAUUAUGAUAGGAAAAAGAGGCAUGAUUUUUUAGCUUCUAAAGCUGGUAAAGAAGAAUUAUUAAAGUGGUGA